AGACUUUAUACCUUCAACAGCAUUUUAGUUUGUACACAACUUUGCUUGUGAAAACAAUCUUGCUUGUGAAAAAUAGUAUAGGCGAGCAAUUAAGGUUUCCCGGAUAUCAAACAUCCCACGAACAACCCCGCGUUUGUAGCAUAGCUUACUGGGUGGCAACUCAUGAGAGAUACAAUACAAUAUAUCUGGGGAUAUUUGUACCAAUGAUGUUCAGCCGGUCAUCUAAUAAUGAAGUAGAGUAAAGAAAAAGCGUCACGCUUCUCAACAACGCUUCUCUCCUUACUUCAAUUACCAUGAGCAAUCAGCCUAGUAACACUCCCAAGGUGCCUCGUGGUAUCACACUGUCGAGGAUACAGAAUUUCAUUUUCAAUGGCCAGUUCGAGAGCAUGGGCCUGUCCAGUCAAUUAUGGAAGCACAGGCGGGGAGGCGAUCCCACGGUUACUGUAGCAGUCUAUAGCGUUCCGGAGCUCAAACGUAUCUCCUUCAAGGAUGCUAUCAGCCAUGUAUUCCACCCAACCACACCAGGAAAAGAAAACUUUGGUCCGAGUUGGUCAACACAUUGGUUUCGGAUUCACGUCAUUAUUCCUGAGGAAAUGGAAGGCGAGAGAGUCUUUUUCCAAUGGAAGCUCGGCUGUGAGGGCAUGGUGUGGAGCAAAGAAGGCGUACCUUUGCAGGGACUCAGCGAGCAAGAGCGUUUCGAAUAUCUAAUAUCAGACAAAGCAAAGGCUGGAAUGAAUUAUGAAUUUUAUAUUGAAGCCGCAUGCAAUGGUAUCUCUGGUGUAGGCGGUGGUAACAUGGUACCGGAUCCCAAUAGAUUCUACUCUAUUGCUGUAGCUGAUCUAGUUGUCCGAAACCAGGCUGCCUUUGAUUUGUACUACGAUAUGAUAAUCAUCAAAGGCAUUGCCACCGAUGGCCAUCAAGAAUCUCAAAGAGCUCGAGACGCAUUAUAUGUUGCCAACGAAGUCAUCAAUACUUAUGUUGUAGGCUCGGUUGAUUCGAUGCUGGAGUGCCGUAAACUGACAACGCAAUUCUUGAAGCAAAAGAACGGAACUGGACAGCAUAUGGUCACAGCUGUGGGCAAUUGCCAUAUCGAUACCGCAUGGCUUUGGCCCUACGAUGAAACAAAGCGUAAAGUCGCUCGCUCGUGGUCCAGUCAACUUGCUCUGAUGAAUCGUUACUCUACAUAUAUAUUCACUGCUUCGCAAGCUCAACAAUACGAAUGGCUCAUGGAAUAUUAUCCGGCGCUGUUUGAACAAAUUCGCCAUAAGGUUGCCUUUGGUCAAUGGGAGUUGAUUGGUGGUAGCUGGGUGGAGCAUGACACCAAUAUGCCUUCUGGUGAAGCGCUUGGACGACAAAUGUUACUAGGACAAAGAUUUUAUGAGAAGCACUUUAAAAAGAGAGUGAAUGUCUUUUGGCUACCUGAUUCCUUUGGGUACUCUGGCCAGCUACCCCAAGUACUGAAACAAUCUGGCAUCAAAUACUUCUUCACUCAAAAAUUAUCUUGGAAUAACAUCAACAAGUUCCCGCACACAACUUUCUGGUGGACUGGAAUUGACGGUAGCAGUGUUUUGGCUCACUUGCCGCCUGCAGACACUUAUGUUGGUCAAGUCAAUACCUCAGAGUUGUACAACUGUGUUAGUAACCACAAGGAUAUUGAUCUCAGUAACGAGAGUUUACUGGCAUUUGGACAUGGCGAUGGUGGCGGUGGCCCCACCUACGGCAUGCUGGAGCGACUUAUGCGUCUUUCUGAUGUGAGUGAUCUGCCAAAGUGCAAACCCGGCAGAGUCAAAGACUUUUUUGAACGUAUCGACGCCAACGCCAAACCUCUGAAUGCGUACAAAGGAGAGCUGUACUUUGAACUACACCGAGGAACGUACACCACGCAAGCACUUGUGAAAAAGGGCAAUCGAAAAGGUGAACUGUUGCUUCGUGAUCUCGAGUUCUUGGCUGCUAUUGCCGACCAUAAAAUUCAAGACUAUGUAUACCCUGCCUUGGAAAUUGAAAAUAUGUGGAAACUGGUCUGUCUCAAUCAGUUCCAUGAUUGCCUACCUGGAUCAGCCAUUGAAAUUGCCUAUGAUGAUGUUCACAAGUUCCAUAGACAAGUGGCGGCAAACUCUAUCCUGCUUCGUCACAAGGCACAGACUGCAUUAUUAGGAAAUGACUCUGAAGAAUCCGAUGGAAAAGAACUUGUCAUUUUUAAUACCCUUGCGUGGGAUCGUUCUGGCAUUGUGCAAAUACCUCGCAAAGGUAACGAAGAUCUCAUUGGACAAGCAAAGCCAGACGCAGAAGUUGGAUAUGUUGCAGUCACUUCGUCACGCAGUAUGGGCACCACGGUGAUUAAGCAUUUGACAACUACAGAACACACUGUUCAAGUGCAUUCGCUGUCUUCUGGUCAUACCGUACUGGAAAAUUCAUAUCUUGUAGUCCAAUUUGAUGAUGAAGGCAGAUUAUGCCGAUUGUACGACAAAGAAGAACAUCGGGAGUUGGUCCCUAAAAGUGCAUGCGGAAAUCAAUUCCAGCUCUAUGAGGAUGUGCCUGGCUACUGGGACGCUUGGGAUGUUGAAAUAUAUCAUCUCCAAAAAGGGAAAAACAUUAAUGGCGGAUCUCUCAAGGUCUCUGAAACUGGCCCGUUGGUUGCGUCAGUUACUGUGGAGAAGCGAAUUUCCCAAAACAGCUGGAUCAAACAGAAUAUAUCCUUGUCUGCCAUUAGUCGACGAGUUGAAUUUGAUACGGAAGUUGAAUGGAGGGAAAGUCAUCAAUUUUUGAAAGUGGAGUUCAACUGGGAUAUCGUUAGCGACCACGCUACGUACGAAAUCCAGUAUGGGGCAGUUCAAAGACCCAAUCACUACAAUACGACGUUGGAUUCUGCACGCUUUGAAGUAUGUGGUCACAAGUUCGCGGACUUGUCGGAUGCAGGUUACGGGGUUGCCCUGUUGAAUGACUGCAAAUAUGGCUAUGCCACGCAUGGACAAUCACAAAGACUGUCAUUGCUGCGGUCUCCAAAGGGCCCAGACGCUCACGCUGACAUGGGGCGUCACUACUUCAAAUACGCUGUGUACCCUCAUAAAGGGUACUUUCACGCUUCGGACGUGGUACAACAAGCUUACGAGUUCAAUGUUCAGCUUUUGCCUAGAUUUGUUUCCGCUGGUAGACUGGAAGAUCAGUCGUACUUUACGUUGACUGGUUCUAAAAACGUCAUUCUGGACUGGGUAAAGAAGGCCGAAGACUCGUCGGCUUUAAUCGUUCGACUUUACGAAGCGUAUGGCGGCCGGUCUUCGGUGACAUUGAAGACUGAUAUACCUGUCAAAAAGGUGCAACACUCCAACUUUUUGGAAGAUGAUACCAAGGAAUAUUUGAGUAUCAUAAGAGGUGGCAUUGAUCUCACGCUUAAUGCAUUUGAAGUCGUCACACUCAAACUUGAGCUAUAAGUGUGCCCUAUGGUGCAAUUGAACUGGCUCGCGCCAAUAUUGUCCGUGGGGUGUGGUUACACAUUCUAGUAUCGUUUUUACCAUUUACAUGUACCCUUCAUGAAACGAAAUAAAAUCCAUGAUGCCUUACCUUUCUAUAACUC